CUACGCGUUCGAAAUUCAAGUUCCACACGUUGCUUAACUCGACAAAAACUCCAGAACCUUCGUCUCGUUAGAACAGCCGAUGCAAUAACCCAAAUCUUCCUCGACCUGCCACAGCAAUCCUCGGUUCUAAGCCAACGACCGCGUCAAAAUUCAAGAGCCUAGGCUCGCUCCGUCGCCGAUUCUUAGUUUGCUCGUAGCUGGGAAUUCUUUUUCCUCGGCCGGCGACUGCAUCGUAAGCGAAAAGCAAGCCACGGUCGAUCGUCGUUCUCUACUUUUAGGCGUCGGGGUUUAUUAAUUUUAGCUGAUCGGAGCUAGCUGUACCAAGGAAGACGGGACAGUACGAUGGAUUGGGGAAGUGUAACGGCCGAUGAUCUGAUCGGAGCUCUAAGAGAAGUCGACUGGUCUUCUCCGCCUCGCCCUCUCAACGAAUUCUUCUCCAAAUUCAACAUCACCCGAUCUUACCCCAAGUGGAGCAGCCGCCUCAAAUGCAAUCUGUAUUACUACAGGACGAACUACUUCAUUUUGAUUGUGCUCACUCUUGGUGUUGCCUGUAUCAUGAGGCCUUUAGCAAUAGUUGCUGCUGCUUUGACUGCUCUAAGCCUUGCUUUCCUAAACGAUAGCUUUGCAGUUACAUUCAGUGAGAAGACGAUGAGGACUGUGAGGAAGUUUUCUCCUCAUUUGGCAGCAAAGAUGAGGCCUCCUCACAUGCCUGUCAUCCGCGGCCGCCCAUCAUCCAAGAAGACGAUGUACAUCUGUGGUCAGCCUCGUGGAGUCUUCGUUUUCGUAUUCACAUCCGUUAGUUUGAUUUUGUGGUUUGCUUCAGGCAGCUUGUCCACUGUUCUGUGGGCACUCGUGAUUGCUCUCCUUGCGACCAUCAUCCAUGCGAGUGUCAGAACACCUAAUCUCAAAGCAAGGCUCAACACGUUCAGGGAGGAGUUCCGCGAAGUCUGGCGCAACUACAGCGACCUGUGAUUGGCCACGGCAACCGUGUGAUGACAUACGUCCAUCACUGUACCUGCCAUAAUCCUCCACGGGCAACCCCUCACUGUCUCUGGAGAUGUUUCUGCUAGUCGUCAUUGAAAUAUGUUCGCUGAAGUUCGCACAUCUCUUCUUAAUGAUCCACGGGCUGGGUAGCAGCUACCUACAGGGGAAAAAGGAAGGAAAAAUAUGAUUGUGCUAGAGCUAUGUUUUGUAAAUUCUCGUCUAGGCCAGAUAACAGGUCUCUGUGCAAGAUGCGUUCUUGUUAUUCUGUUCACUUUAGAACUUUUAUGGAAUGGCAGUACCUGGCGUCCAGAUUGCUCAGUGUGUCUUUCAUUUGCGGAUCAGGCAGCAUAAAGGGGUUUUCAAUUUCUUCAUUUCUAGCACUUUCCUUCUUCCUCAACUUAUCUGUACCAUAUAAAAUGUCCUUUAAAUCAAGGUUUUACAAGUAUUUGUAGGAAA